AUGGACCAAGUCAAGGUGGAGCGGGCGGAGGUCGAGCCCCGGCCGGCGGCAUUUCGAUCGUGCGACUGGUGCCGUUCUCGAAAGAUUCGGUGCGAUAAGGGUUCGCCCUGUACUAGCUGCAAGGUUUCCAAGGUGUCGUGCGAACGAAAGCUCCAACUGAAGCACAGGACCCAAGCACAGAGAGUGCUCAUAUCGCCAGAAUAUAGGGCCAAGAUCGAUCGUAUUGACGAGCGUCUCGACAAGAUCACGCAAAUAUUGAUGGACUUGAAGCAGCAGACCAAGAUCCCAAUAAAGCAAGAGAUGCUGAGUCCUGGGCCGAGGCCGCACCCUCUCUUGGCACCCAAGAACGAUAGGAAAGGACUCAGUAGUGGGCUAUCGAGUGCUCAUCAAGAAGCUCUGGGCACCCAGUCAGACCAGAAGCGCGCUCAUCGCCCAAACAAUGCACUGCACUGUUCAGGAAAUGCGUACGGCAUGACUUGA